ACUCCCCACCCUUGCCUCUCUACCACCUUCUUCCAUCUCGCGCACACUUGUCGGCCUCUCAUCCAACCUCCAGGCUAGCUUAUAUUCUACCCAUUCGACUCCUUUCACCAUGGCCGACGACGAGCAGCACAAUGUCACCUUCGAGAACGCCGAUGCCGGUGCCUCCACGACCUACCCCAUGCAGUGUUCUGCCUUGAGGAAGAACGGUCAUGUCGUCAUCAAGGGCCGUCCCUGCAAAAUCGUCGAGAUGAGCACCUCGAAGACCGGAAAGCACGGUCACGCCAAAGUCCACUUGGUCGCGAUCGAUAUUUUCACCGGCAAGAAGCUUGAGGAUCUCUCUCCCUCUACCCACAACAUGGAUGUCCCCAACGUCCGCCGCCAGGAAUACCAGUUGGUCGACAUCACCGAUGAUGGUUUCCUCAACUUGAUGAAGGAAGACGGAACCCCCAAGGACGAUGUUAAGCUCCCAGAUAAUGAAGUUGGUGAGAAGAUCACUAAGCUCUUCAAGGUCGAGGAGAAGGACGUCAACGUUGUUGUCUUGACUGCCAUGGGUGAAGAGUGCGCCAUGGAUGCAAAGGAAAUGGCUCAUUAAACUGGUUGACGAGUUCAGACUCAACAUUUAACCUGGUUCUACCCGCUCUUGCUAGAAUUAUGUGUCCAUAAGCCGUCCGUUAGUCACCCAUGCGGGCGUUAAGCAUUCUCGGAGAAAAUCGACUUCUAGUUUUUUGCUCGCACUUGCGAUGACAAGAAUAUGUCCUAGCAGCGUUUUCUGGGCUACGUUUUUCUAGUAUACAACCGGAUGCUCCUCAUGUGCGGCAUUACUAAAUGACAGAGUGAUGACAAAUGAAAAGAUAUAUGAUGU